CUGAAAGUAGACUGCGCUUUUAUUCUGGUUUUAAGAAAGAUGAUCGUCCCAAGGAAAUUAUACCUUAUGAUUUGGGGUUUGGCGUGUUUUAUCCUUACGCUUUUAUGCUUAGUCGUGAAUGGGUCUGAAUCUGUUGCUGAUCUUCAAUGGCUUCCUUGUGAGUUUGUGGAUGAGAACGUUUAUUUGAAUGAAGAGGGCCACAUAGAGACUCAGUAUAUCUACAAAAAGGCUAUUAUUCAGUUUGGUUAUGAUGGUGACAGACCUUUAUAUCCAAAUAUUACCUUCCUUGUUACAGCUUCUAGAGUUGAUAUGAGACAUUAUUUGGAGGGAGACAAGGACACAUUAAACUGUAUAAUCCGUAGAUAUAACAUUGGACGGAUUGUAAUGCGUUGGCCUGCUGUUGGAUCACAAGAGUAUGACAUCUUUUUCACCUGUACAUUACAUCACACUAAGGGAGCUUUCAACAUCACCACCUUCCUCAGACACACACCUUCUCCUCCUGCCGGAGGAAAGGUGGACUUUCUACAGAGGCUAAAAAUUCAUGAUAAAGACCUCCUUACAACAUCAGCUGUGAUGGCUGUUCUGACACGGACCCCUUAUGUGGAAGUGGGCCUCCUGAAGGAACCCACUUUGCACUGUCAGUUUGCAGUGGAUCACAAGAAAGCUAAUGUAAGAGUGGAGUGGAUUUUUCAGAGACACGGAGAACGCAGGACACUCUUUAGCUACCCCAGUCACACAGCAAUAACUAAAGGUACCGGAGUGUCCAUUAAAGACAUCGUUGCUGGAAACGCUUCCCUUAAACUUCCACCCACCAGAAAAACAUCUGAGGGCACAUACAUCUGCUCAAUUCGUGUCCCUCCUCUCAAUGGCAGCUUAAAUAUUCUUGUUAGCCUAAGAGAACAACCCCACGUGUCUUUGAAUGUGGACUCCACGUUAUCUUUGACACUUGGCGAGUACAAGAAGGUUAUGUGUGAUGCCGAGAGAUACUACCCACUGGAUGUAAACAUAGAGUGGUGGCGAGAACACGUCGGAGUCAUCCCCAAGCCUUUGUUACUAGACAAUGUUCUACACUCCAGUCAUAAGCAUGACAAUGAUGGCUUAUUCUCUCUCUCAGCUUCCUUUUAUCUGAAGCCUGGUCUGGAGGACUCGGGAUAUAAGUACACUUGUAAAGUGUCCCAUAAGUCCUUGCUCACUCCCAUUCGAAAAAGCUUUAUCCUCUCAGUCACAGCACCAUACUCGACUAUGGAGUAUAUCAUAUUCUUUGGGUCUAUAGUUCUGAUGUUACGAUUUCUCUAUCAGUACCUACCUCAGUUCAUUGCUGCUCGAAAAGCUGCUAGUAAGAGAAUCUAAGAGCUCACGAGGAUUUCAGUACGCCGUCAUGGAAAUUGACAACACAUGGGCAACUCCUCCUCUCACGCCCAUCUCAUCCUGCUGAAACCAAGAUCAGGUGUUCUUCAGAGGAAAAUGCUGUGUAUAUUUCCAGAUCUCAUGGUUUAUAUCGUUUUUACAGCGGCUGUUAAGGCCAUCAUUAUUUUUUAGGCUAAUUGACAGAAUAAUUUAAGGCUUUUCUUUGUUUGUGCAGUAUGCAUUAGUUCUCUUUAUUUAAUUUUAAUUUGUAAUUGUAAUUUUCAGCAAUUUUAGAGGCAAAAACGUCUUCUUAAACUAAUGCACAAAAUAUAUGUUGGAGCUUCUAUUUGAAUAUUGUAUCCUUUUUUAUUUAUUGUCCUUUUUCUUAUUCAUUGUUUUUUAUUAGCACUUUAUGUGCUGCUGAACCAUAUCACAAAAACCAAAAUCAGCCAGUAUAGUGUUCCAGUGGGUAGAUUAUUGUUUAUUAUUCUGAGAAUUAGGAAGUGCUGAUUUUUUGUCUGGUUGCAAUAAAUUAUAAUUAAAACGUGUUGAUUUGACAGUUGUGCCUUGGUAUCAGUAAUUCUUUUCCUAAAACAAGUUUGAAAGUUUGAUCUAUAGAAUCAAUGAAUGUUUCUUCUCUCUGAAUUGGACAAUAAAUACCCAUGAUAUAAAAUAUCAUAUAUAGCCUAACUCUGUGUGAAUAUUGACUGUCAAAUAAUUUAAUUUAAAAUUACAUGAUCUAAAUUUUGUUCAUAUUGUUUGUAUUUAUUUAUAGUUGUGGGUCAAUGUAAAUAAAAAAGGAAUUUUAUGGAUUUAUUGUCUCUUUAAAUAAAUGCAACCCAAAAUAAAUAUACUACCUGUAAA